GGGCCGCCGCCUUUCACUAACUCUGCAGGGCCCUGCAAGGGGUGAGACCAGACCCAAGGCCGUCUUUCUGAAGAUCACAGCUCAGCAUGCUCUCCCCGACUCCAGACCCAGGCUUAGCGCCCCCAGGGCUUUCCCGCUGUGCGUCUCACAUUGGGCAGUGCAGCCAACGGACCAAGCCUCCGGCUCUGCCGCCCACUCCACACACACAUCCGCAUCGACCUGCUUCCCAGGGCCUUCCAGGACUGAGCACCCACUUGUCAAAGGGAGCGCUUGACUACCUGGAACCCGAUGAAGGGACCGUGUAGUUGUCCAGCAAACACAUCGUGAGCACCUGCGCUGGCCCGUAGAGGACAGAGCGGUGUCUGCUUGGGUGUGUUCCUGCCCUGUGGGCCGAGGGCGCAGUGACAGAGACAGCUGCCCGCGACGGAGCUCACGCGUGAGGAGAUUUCCAAGCACAAGGGGCCCCCGGUGUUCACUCAGGAGGAGAGAUACAAGAUGGUACGAGCCAUCAAGUGGGUGGACGAGGUGGUGCCAGCCGCUCCCUACGUCACCACGCUGGAGACGCUGGACGAGUACAGCUGCGACUUCUGUGUCCACGGCGAUGACAUCACACUGACCGUAGACGGCAGGGACACCUACGAGGAAGUGAAGCAGGCUGGGAGGUACAGAGAGUGCAGGCGCACCCAGGGUGUGUCCACCACAGACCUCGUCGGCCGUAUGUUGCUGGUGACCAAGGCGCAUCACAGCUGUGAGGAGAUGUCCUCCGAGUACCGGGAAUACGCAGACAGCUUUGGCAAGUGCCCGGGGGGACGGAACCCCUGGACGGGGGUGUCACAGUUCCUGCAGACGUCCCAGAAGAUCAUUCAGUUUGCUUCUGGGAAAGAACCCCAGCCAGGGGAGACGGUCAUCUACGUGGCUGGCGCCUUUGACCUGUUCCACAUCGGCCACGUGGACUUCCUGGAGAAGGUGCACGGCCUGGCAGAGAGGCCCUACGUCAUCGCUGGCCUGCACUUUGACCAGGAGGUCAACCACUACAAGGGGAAGAACUACCCCAUCAUGAACCUGCACGAGCGGACCCUAAGCGUGCUGGCCUGCCGGUACGUGUCGGAAGUGGUGAUCGGGGCCCCAUAUUCGGUCACAGCGGAGCUCCUGGACCACUUUAAGGUGGACCUGGUGUGUCACGGGAAGACGGAGAUCGUGCCCGACAAGGACGGCUCAGACCCUUACCAGGAGCCCAAGAGAAGGGGCAUCUUCUGUCAGAUCGACAGCGGGAACGACCUUACCACGGACCUCAUCGUCCAGCGCAUCAUCAAGAACAGGCUAGAGUACGAGGCCCGGAACCAGAAGAAGGAGGCCAAGGAGUUGGCUUUCCUGGAGGCCAGGCGUCGGCAGGAGGUGCCUCCCGAGAGGGAGAGUGAUUGUGACUUCUGACCAGAGGAAGGUCACCGGAGCGCCCGGGUGCCGGCCCGCCCCCUGCUCUGCCCCCUGCGCCUUGAGGGCUUGGCUCUCGCGGUUUUAACAAAGCCUCCAGUGUUCCCUCUGACUGGCCCCGUGUCUCGGAAGGGCCAGAGUGGAGGACGCUGCCUCCCACCCCUCCGGCCAGGUGCCCUUCCCGCUGAGCCGCACAGAGAGGGCCUGCAGCACGGUGGGGCGGCCCAGCGAACAGGGUGAGCAGAGGGCACCUGCGGCUGGAGGGGCGCUGCCCUGUGUGCCGGUGGAGGCCCGGCUCAGCUCUCCCUGCCCCCGAAGCUCCGCAGACCCCGGACGGCCCUGCUGCCCAGCUCGAGGCGGUGCCCGUUCCGCCCUUUGGAUCAUUGAAGCCAGCUUCAGGGGAGCAGAGAGCCAAGGGGGGCACCCCCUUUCCGUCUCAGGGCGCAGACCGUGCCAUCUCCUGCGUGGAUACCACGUCCCUGGUGCGCUGGGCCUGGCUGUUGGGUGCUGUGCCCCCCGCUUCCCUGGCCGGCCUCGCUGCUCCCCCACAGACUGGUCUUGAUUUUGUACCUGACUGGCUGGCGCACAACCCAAUAAACCUGGUGGGAGGU